AUUGGCAAUUCGGACCUUCGGCGCCUCUCAUUUGCGAGUUUGUAGAGCUGUUGUUUAUAAGCGAUGUCGAAGAGCUAAUUCUUCCCCAGGCUAGCAGACUCCGACCAGGAUCUCUGCAGUGUUGGUCAUGCUGUCGAUGGUUUCGUCAACGCCGUCAAACGAGCCUUUGGCAAUACCCCCCUGUCUAUUCGCCACCUUAGGGCUCUUUUUAGAUAUCGGAGGGCUUGGAAAGAAGCGCGUUCAAGGAAGGUUAUUUCCCCAGGUUUUGGAGAUCACUUGAAUCUAGGAACGUGCAUGCCGGGAGCGCCGUAGUGCGGAGGAGGAGACCCCCGCCGACAGGCCCAAGCUGGCGGGCUGCAUCAUCACAUCUUGGCAUGCAUGAGCCUGCAUUAGUGCAUGUGUGGGCU